AUAAUAAUGGGUUUAGCAGAUCAGUUUUCAGACGAACAAAUUGAUGAGGUUAAGGAAGCGUUUAACCUGUUCAAGAAUUCUGAUGAAAAUAUAGCGGAAGGUCAGAUCAUCACAGUUCUUAGAGCUCUGGGUAUCCAUGUUACAGAGGAACAAUUACAAGUUGUCCUAGCCGAAGCUGUGGAAGAGAAUGGAGGAGUUGCAGGGGGGAAUUUAGACUUUCCGGAGUUCCUUUCACUUCUUGGAAAGUUGGUGACUCACCAGGGAGGGGAGGAUCAUAUCAAGGAGGCAUUCAGGAUAUUUGAUAAAGAUGAAGACGGAUACCUUACUAUUGCUGAGUUGACCAAGGUUAUGACGACUAUGGGGGAAAAGUUUACAGUAAAGGAAACCCAGGAGAUGAUAAAAGCUAGUGCCGAUGAGAACGGUUUGAUUGAUUACGCAUCAUUCUCUAAACUGCUGAGUGGUGGAGCUCCUUCAACAUCACAUUAAUCUCACCAGAAGUCACAGAUUAGGUAGACAAGGAUGUAUUGUUGACACGGACUGUCCUGUCCAUGUAGCACGAACAAGAUUUACUUAUUAUACAGCUGCAUACAGCUGUAUAUUUCGAGUUAAUCAAUCAAUCAAGGUGUAUAUUUUGAGGUUAUUAUAUAUGUUAUACACAUCAUUGUUUGAUUAUAUAGUGUUUAUAAUGACGCUGAGACGGGAGCGUGGCUAAAACUUGGUGUCAGUUAUUAUGGAAAUAUAACUAUUUUUUAUUUCCAUUGUAAUUUUGUUGCGGCAUUGAGAAUUUUCAAAAGACACGUACCAACUUGUCAGACGCCUGGUACGCGGCAGCCCCGCAUCCUGUGUCUACCUGAUACGUGCUAUAAGAAGAUUCAAUUAGUGUACUCUCGGUUUUGCAUCUAUUGUCUGUACAUGAUCCGGUACUUCAAAUGAAUCGGAAUGGAAUCGAGUAUUUGCCACAAAAUCAAAUGUACUAAUUCCUAUAUCUUUGCAGU